AUGGGACUGGCAUUAGCUGUCGGAACCUUGGGAGACGAUGCGAAUAUGGAUGACCAAAUGGAGGACUCUACUGUGUCGCCUAUUGCCGAAUUAGCGCUUAUGGACUCCGAGCAUAAAACCUCUACUGAACGACCACCUACUGCCGCUACUAAAGCUCAGAAUAAAACAGCGGCAGUGAAGAGUGAGCAGCCAAAAGAUGCGCAACCUCACACAGUCGCCGACUUUAUUAUUCACCCACUAAUCGCUUUCAAGCCACACUCUUCUGAAGAGGAUGCAGCUGGAAAACAAGCUGGAGACUCGUCCUCUACAACACCUUCACCUUGGACUCUCUUCGGUUUUACUGCCGGACAAGGUUUAGGAUCAUCAGUCUCCUCAUUAGCUGGCUCCGUAAGUGGUUGGUUGACAGAUCGUAUUCAACUACCUGGCUUGGUGGAUUCGCCUGUCCGCGAGUCGACUACCACCAGCACAACCACCACAACAACUACAACACCACGUCCAGAUGUGAUUGUUCGCGUACAACAUAGGGAUUCCACCCGUCGACCCCCUCUCAUUUCGAUCAAUAAUCAAAAUCGCCCUCAACGUUUCCACAAUAACAACAAUAUCGGCCUCGAUGAUGAGGAUGAUGACGAUUUGGAUGACCAGUUUGAGGAAGAAGAGGAAGAUAUUAUUAUAAAUAAGAACAAGCGGAGAAACAACAAGCAAAAAUUUAACAAACGCAGACCAAACUUCGCGGAAGAAGACAUCGAUGAUGCAGAAGAAGAGGGCGAUCGUCCAGUUUCACGUCCCCAGCGCAGACGGCCACAACAAAAACGUCGUCCAGUUGUAGAAGAUGAAUUCUCCGAAGAAGAAGAUGAUGAGUCGCUAUCUGCUGAACUUGACGAUGAAGACGAUGAAAAUGUCGAGGAAGAAGAAAGUAAUGAAAAUGAUGAUGAAGAAGACGAGGAAUACCUCAAUCAGCGUCCAUUGCGCCGCAGGCCACAAAUAAAUAAUAAUAACCGACUUCGUCAGCAGCAGCAACGCCGUCGCCCACAGUCGGGUGGUAUUGUACGUCGUAUACCAAAACCCACUGCAGAUGAAGAGAUCGAAGAAGAUGCUGUCGAUGAGCACUUUUACUACGGUAGUCAGAGUGGUCGUCCCUCCACCAAACGUUCACAGAAUGAGGCAACUUUUUUUCAGCGUGGCCAGGAAAACAUCAUAAAACAGAUACGUCAACUUACUCGCGGCCGUACGCCAGCUGAGAUUGGUGCACUCGUACGUAAAUCCCCAAAGCAAGGGGGAAGUAAGCCAACACAACCACAAAAGGCAACACUCUUGAUUAAUCGCAAUGGGCAAACUGUCUACCUGGCGCCUGAACUACUAAACGACGAUCUCUCGCUGGUUAGCCCACAGUACCUCAAACAAGGUGCCACACAUUUUCCACAACCUCCCUUGAGUAAGCCACUCAAGCGCAAGGAUGCUCCUACCCAGUACAUCACCAUUCCAUGGUCAAAACUAGGUAUCUCACCACCUAAUCAGCUUCAAGCAGUCGCGGCAGAUGUUCAAACCCAACCACUUAUCUUGAACAUCCCAGCCAGCGCUAUUCAAACCAUGCAAAAUCAAAGCUUAAAGCGCAAGAAGCAACCCGUAAUCACUGCUGAAGCUGUGCCUCUCUUAGCCGAAGCAUCAAUUAUGGACAUCUUCAAGCCACCAAAAAUUCCAAAUGAUCGUCACACCACGAACUUAUCAGCAUCAAAAACAAAGCCAAAUGCCGGCAGUAAUACAGUCGGAUCUGCAAUCCUUCCACAACGUAUACGUCCAGGCACAAUUGUCGAGAAGGCACCUGCCAGCGCCGAUAGCCAGCAAGAAGCUUCUGAAGAAAUGUCUUCACAAGAAACAGUGCGAAAGGUAGAAAACGAGUACAUUCUUGUAGGUGAUGAUACUGAACCUGGUCUGACACGGCAGGUGAAGCCCGUAUAUGGCGAAGCGCGCCAUGGGCAUGGUGCUAAUGGAACACCCUACCUGGAAUUGCUGAAACAUGGACAUUUUGCUUUGCACAGAGGUGGACGUGAGCUCGAGUUACCAGCAGAUAGUGAGUCUACCGAUACUCAGGUUCAGCAAGGUGUUGACGAAAAGUUAAUACCAGUACAAAUUAUCAACGAGCCAGAAGCAGUUGCGCCACCAAAAGAAGUACAGCCACCAGUAGAAACGCAACCACAAUCUGAGCCACAAAUCACACAAAGUGAACCACAAGAACAAGUACAACAACCGGUGCUAGAGGGCGCUGGUGUAGCGAUUGAAGCAAAUAAAGGCAGCGAGCCGGUGUUGGCUGCGUAA